AUGAGAGCAUUCUUCUUUGAGCGUGGCCACUGCAUUUUCCAGGACUUCUCCAACAUGUCUAAUGGUCCUCCCGUAGCAGACGCUUCGCACGUGGGCGCUCCUAGUGCUAGUGGAGCUCCUGGCACGAGACGUUUUUCUGCCAUGCAGGAUAAGCUGUUGACUGCAGGAAUUCAAUUCUUUCACAGACAUAUUCGAACUGAUAACGAAGUAUUGAGGCGAAUGAAGACUAAUGAGAUGUUCCAACUCUUCUUUGAGCCACAGUAUUAUGAUAAGAAGGCAUCUGGAGAGAAGGUUAAUUCAGUAUUUAUUAACAGUGUGUCGGACCCCUCGGCAAUGCAUGUUAGUAGCUUUAUACUAAGUAUACUGCAUCAGGGACUAUUCUCAGUCAGUGCAUUCAUUGUCUCUAUCAUUUACCUGUCAAGAUUCAAGGAGUCUAGUCAAAUAUCAUUGCAUGCAAGUACGUGGAGACCUUUAUUUUUGACGUCACUGCUCAUCGCUGAUAAAAUGUGGGAGGACAAGCCCGUGCGCAACUCUAGCUUGGCUAAGUUAUUCCCGGUGCUCUCGAAUGCAGAGCUGAAUAAGAUGGAGAAUAAGUUUCUGCUGAAGAUCAGGUUCAACGUCCAGGUUAAAUCGGACUUGUUCACGUCAUUCUGUGAGAAGCUAUUACAAGAGAAUGUUUCGGCCGAGAUUUCUCGCUGUGUUGCGGCCUCAGAAUACGCGGCUGCAUUCGCGGAAGAGGAUAGCGUCAUCACUCACCCGCCGCUGCAGCAGCAUCAUGCACCGCCACCACCAGCACCCUGUGCGCCCACGUCUGUGGCACACUAUGAACCAGUGGUUGAAAAGGGUGCUUCGACAGGUAUGGUCAGCCACUGCGCCACUGCAGCUCAGAGAGAACCUUCCCGAGGACCUCUAGGAUACAUCACAGCGCCGGCUAUGGACUAUUUCAUGCCUUCGAGGCCGGCCAUGAACGCUACAGCAGCUGCUUCCUCGUCGGUGCGGAGUAGUAGUAUUCCAGCAGGAAACGGUGGUGGCAGCCUGUCAUCGAGAAUUCAACAAGUUCCAGAAGGAGCCUAUCGCAGUGGAGGCUUCAUGGGCGGCGGCGGACUACCGAUGAGCUCUCGACAGUAUGUACCUAACUCUGCGAGAUUUACGCAAGUUGGGAUGGCUGCUUCUCAAGGGAGGUCUACCAAUGGUUACGACCAGCGGGCUAUGUACCAAUCACAGCCUAUGUCGGGGAGGGGAACCCUGGCUGAUCCAAGCACGAGUCGACAGGCCUAUCCCGCUUCCACGCGCACUUCGCUACCCGCUGGGUUGGCGGGCGGAUAUUCCUAUCGUGCCCCAUCAACACCAUCUGGUGCUGCUCAAACUCAACCUCAGUACGCGGUCGUGAAUACUCCUACUGGUCCGCAGUAUGUUCUACUGCGUCCUUCGGCGGCUCCAGCGGCGGCGAUUAACUCAUACUCAGGGAGGAGUUCCACACUCUCACAGGAGGGAGCAGCACCAAGACGACAUUCCAUAGCAGCCACGGCAACAUCGCAGCGGAUCUCUACACCAAACGGGCACGUUGAAGGGCAGCCCUCAAGUAACGGCACUAUACCAUUUGCAAGUUCAAACGGGUCGGUAAUUCUCCCUAACGGAGGACCAGGAGGUGUGACGGAGGGGGUGACACGUGGAUCGGCUCAAAAUCGUCCCCAUUCGGCUCCACGAACAGUUGGCAUGUAUAGGAAACCCCUGGUCAUCCAACAGGCAGCAGCCGUGGAAGCUUUCAUGCAGCGACCGUCUACUCCGACUGGUGGAUAUGUGAGAGCUCCUUCGCCAGCUAUGGGCGAGCAGAGCGACCAACAGUAUAGCCUCAUCCGGGGACGUAGUCCGGCUAUGAGAACCCCUGGUCUUGUGAUGCCGUCUGGUGGGCCAUCUGCUCCACAUGUAUUACGAGGCAGCUUCGGCGUGCGGCAUUAUUAGGUAGCAGAAUCGU